AUGGCGGUAGGAAAAAACAAAAGAACAUCAAAGGGAAAAAAAGGAGGAAAGAAAAAGGUCACAGAUGUUUUUACCAAGAAGGAGUGGUAUGACCUCAAGGCCCCCAAAAUGUUUUUGGUUAGGAAUUUCGGAAAAACCUUAGUCACGAAAACCAUUGGAAAAAAGUUGGCCACGGACGGCUUGAAGGGACGAAUUUACGAAGUUAACCUGGCCGAUCUGAACAAUGACGAGGACCAAGCUCACAAGAAAAUAAAACUGUGUUGUGACCACAUCAUCAACAAAGAUUGCUACACAGAUUUCUGCGGUCUGAGCAUAACAAGGGACAAAUUAUGUUCAUUGAUCAGAAAGGGAUACACACUGAUUGAAGGAUACACGGACGUAAAAACGAUUGACAACUACCACCUGAGAAUGUUUUGCAUUGCUUUCACGAAGAAGAGACCAAAUAGAACAAAGACUACUUGCUACGCACAGACCAGCCAAAUUAAAAAAAUAAGAAAAAAGAUGGUUGAUAUCAUGAAUGCUGAAGCGAGUAAAGUUUUACUAAAGGAUCUUGUGAAGAAGUUUAUUCCUGAAUCGAUUGGAAAAGAAGUGGAAAAACAGUGCAAGAAAAUAUACCCCCUACAGAACGUUUUAAUAAGAAAAGUCAAAAUUUUAAAGAGACCCAAAUUGGACAUUUCAAAAUUAAUGGAAUUGCACACAGACUCUAAGGAAGACGCUGGAAAAAAUGUCAAAUCUUUACCUGAGUCCAAAGAAGCCACGAACAUCUUAAGUGCCGAGUUGAAACAUUAG